AUGAUUCAGUGCUUGUACAGAGCGAAGAAGGAUAAGAUAGAGGCCCCAACCAAAGACACGGCUGCGGACAUGGUGGCGGCAUCACUGGACUGUGUGGGAGCCGGGCUUGGAGCGUCAGCAGCCAUUGCCGCGCUCAUGGAGGCAGCGGCGACGACGAGGGCUGCACAUGUGAUCUUCUUCAUUUCCAUGGCGAACGAAGGCGGUGAUCGGCAAAUAAACUCAAGAAACGAGAGAUUAAUUACCGAAUCCUGCCUUUGUGUGUGUGCAGCCUUGAGGAGGGAGGGGUGGUGGUGGGAGGGUAUUUAA